AUGGCGAUGACUUUCACGGAGGAGCGUAUCAAAGAGCUUCGAUUUGGGCUUGAGGAUUCGGUGAUCAAAUGUUCAGAGCGCUGUCUGUAUCAGUCGGCUAAAUGGGCUGCGGAAAUGCUCAACUCUCUCAUUUCGACCGACGCAAGCGAUACUGACUCGGAAUCGCCCAUGGAAACCGAUCCGCAGCCAAACGUCAACCCGUUUAGCGUUCAGCCAGACCCCAUCGAAGCUGCCUUGGAAUUACAAGAAGCUCAUAAAUAUCUUCUUGCGAAGUCUUAUUUUGAUACCCGAGAAUAUGAUCGAUGUGCCGCCGUCUUUCUCCCUCCGACGAUACCUCCCGUGCCCCUCUCCACCGUGUCCCCCAAUGUCAAGAGCCGGCCAUCAUUGACUCCCCAAAAAGGAAAAAACAAGUCUUCCGCACGUCCAGGGUCAAAAGCUGGACAAGCUCCUGCUCGGAAUCCGUAUCCGAAACUCAGCCAAAAAUCUCUAUUUCUGGCACUAUAUGCGAAAUACUUAGCCGGGGAGAAGCGCAGAGACGAAGAGACAGAAAUGGUACUCGGGCCUGCGGAUGGUGGUAUGACUGUGAACAGAGAGUUGCCAGACCUGGCUCGAGGGUUAGAAGGCUGGUUUGCUGAGCGGAGAGAUCGUGGGUUGGAGGAUCGCGGCCAAGGAUGGCUGGAAUAUCUGUACGCGGUGAUUCUCUUGAAAGGCAAGAACGGAGAAGACGCAAAGAAAUGGUUGAUACGAAGUGUUCAUCUUUUUCCGUAUCAUUGGGGUGCAUGGCAGGAAUUGAAUGACUUACUACCAAGCGUUGACGAUUUGAAACAAGUUGCGGAAAAGCUUCCACAGAACAUUAUGUCCUUCAUCUUUCAAGUGCACUGCAGCCAGGAACUAUACCAGGCCAAUGAUGAAACACAUCAGACACUUAAUGGUCUCGAGUCAAUCUUCCCAACCAGCUCCUUUCUGAAAACCCAAAGAGCUCUUCUUUACUAUCACUCCCGAGACUUUGAAGAAGCAUCCGCUAUAUUUGCAGAUAUUCUCAUAGAAUCGCCGCAUCGCUUGGAUAGCCUUGACCACUACUCUAACAUUCUCUACGUCAUGGGAGCAAGACCGCAACUCGCAUUCGUUGCGCAGCUAGCCACAGCAACGGACAAAUUCCGACCCGAAACCUGCUGCGUAGUAGGAAACUACUAUUCGCUUAAAUCGGAGCAUGAAAAGGCAGUUAUGUACUUUCGUCGAGCUCUGACACUAGAUCGCAGCUUUUUGUCUGCAUGGACUCUCAUGGGCCACGAAUACAUUGAGAUGAAAAACACACACGCAGCCAUUGAGUCCUACCGCCGCGCAGUCGAUUGCAAUCGCAAAGAUUACCGCGCAUGGUAUGGCCUGGGCCAAGCCUAUGAGGUCCUCGACAUGUCUUUCUACGCCCUGUUUUACUAUCAACGCGCUGCGGCCUUGAGACCAUACGACCCAAAGAUGUGGCAAGCCGUAGGAACGUGCUAUGCAAAAAUGAAUCGCAUACAGCAUAGUAUCAAAGCUAUGAAACGUGCUUUAGUUGCGGGUGCUUAUUACGAACAAUCACCGGAUUCUCAAAUGGAUGCCGCACAUCCCGUAGGACGCAAAAUACUUGACCCAGACACCCUCCAUCAAAUUGCACUGCUUUAUGAGAAAUUGGGAGACGAGGAAGAAGCCGCAGCAUAUAUGGAGCUCACCCUACAGCAAGAAACGGGAGAAGUGGAACGACCUGAACCAGAAUCUGACGAAGACGUCGAUGAUAGGAAUUCAGAUGAAGAAACCUCUGGGUUACCUCUCCGACGGCGCCACAAUGGAGAUGACGAGGUAGAGGCUGUGGGGGGCACUGGCGUCACUGCAACAACAUCCAAGGCACGGCUCUGGCUUUCUCGCUGGGCGCUCAAGAACGGUGAUCUCAAUAGAGCUGACCAGCUAGCUAACGAGCUGUGUCAAGAUGGUAUUGAAGUCGAAGAAGCGAAGGCUCUCAUGCGAGAUGUUAGAGCAAGAAGAGAGGGUGGCUAG